AUCACUACAACCACAACCACCACCACCACCAUGACAACAAUAAGAUCAUCAUAAACUACAACACCCACAGGACUUCAAGAUGGGGCUCAGAGGAAUUCAUCUCUUCCUCUCGCUGAUGUUUGUUGCUGCUGCGUACGGGUACUACUACACCGGAGUGUGUCCGCCAGGGCCGCCAGGGCCGCCAGGACCCCCGGGUGACGCCGGAGGAAAGGGGGACGACGGGGGAUGUGGCUCCGCGGGAAAAGAAGGCGAAAAAGGAGACAAAGGAGACAAAGGGGAGCCAGGAGUGGGAAAAAAAGGAGAUACAGGACCAAAGGGAGAUAAGGGCGACGAUGGUCCCCAGGGUGAAAAAGGUGAAAAAGGCGACCGUGGAAUACAAGGAGCCAGCGGCAUAUCGACGAAAGGCGAUAAAGGCGAUAAAGGCGAUAAAGGAGAUAAAGGAGAUAAAGGCGAUAAAGGAGAUAAAGGAGACAAGGGCCCAUAGGACUCUCCAUCAGGACCAGAGAUUUGACCAAUGGCGGACCACAUCGACCAUUAUGACAACGAGGACCAUGAGAUCUUGAACUCCAUUAACCUUUCCCUUUCCUUACCUGUCGUAAGACCACAAUUUGUAAACUAACAUACAAUAUUAUAUGUUCUUGAAAUUAAACUCUCACAGCAUAAUGAAA